AUUGUUAUUGUUGUUUUAUCUUUUCCUUUUCUGAGUUGUUGAGGAAAAGUAGAGCGGGGGAAAAGAAAAAGAAAAAGAAAAGAAAAGAUGCAAUCUCGAACGUAUGAAGAAAUUGAAUCAUACAGGAGGUCAAGGGACAACAGGGGGGUCGAAUUGAGUCGAGAAUCUCAUUUCAUGCCUCCACAUCAUGAUAUUUAUGAUGGGUCCUUGAUGAGGCCUCUGAGCCCUGGUAUUGGAUCCUCACGUGGGGACCGGAGGAGUGGUUCAAUGGAAAGGAGAGAUUACAGUUGGGGAAGAAAUGAAAUAGGAAGGUUGAGAUCACCCCGGUUUGGGCUAAUACAUGAAAGGAUUAACUGUGAUGAUAGUUCAUCAAGUAGGGAUGAAAUGAGGAGGAAGUAUGAGUUUUGCGAUUACAUGGAUAGGUUAGACGACAUGGACACUAGUUUGAUGUGCAAUUACAGUGAUAAGAGUAGGUUUAGUGGUAAUACGGGGAAGGACAUUGCCAGCGACAGAGCCUUGGGAGCUGAUUUGAAGCGUGAUUACAGUGGAAACAAGUCUAUGAUUCGAGAAGAUGGGACCGGUCAAGGAAGAUACAGGUUGUCUGGGGAUGUGAGACCCUCAAAUUAUCAUGAACAUAGUGGGAAUUUAGGAUCAUCGUUGAAUGUGGAUUUAGGUAGAUUUAAGUAUGGAGGAGUCAAGUAUCCUGACUCAGUAUUUUUGGAUAAAAUAUCAGCUAUAGAAAGAUAUGGAAACCCUGAAUUAUCUUUAAGGGAUGCCCCUCACUUCAAAGAUUUGACAUUUCCUUCUAGAGGCAUUAGUGGCAGGUCUCAGUUCAAGGAAUUCGGAAGCAUGUCUGCAGGUGGCAGCUUUCUCGAUUCCCACGACGAAGGUAUGUCUAUUUCUACAGAGAUGUACCGAGCGAGCUCUACAAAGGCCUUGGAACCAUUUUCUGGAAAUGAGUAUGGCCGAAGGCGGAGUUCAGAAACUCGAGGAGUUCCUGAAUUAGGUCAUAAGGAUCUGAUAGGUUAUCAGCGGGAUACAUUUUGUCCCGACAAGGAAGAUGAGGAUGAUUUAUAUGCUAGACCAAAGCUAAGGGAGGACAAGUAUUGCGAUUAUGCAUCUGAGGAGCUAAACAGAGGGAAGCUUUUAUAUGAGCGAGAUUCUUAUGACCCAAGAGAUAUGCUAACACGAAAGGAAUCAAUCCCGAAACAUAUUGAUGAUCAUGAGCAGUGUCUAACAAAUGUUGACAGAAGUUUGCAGGGCCUCCCUUCUUACCAGAAGCACUUCUCUUCAGAAUCCCUCGAUUGUAGCAGAUUGCCUUAUACAUUAAAACAUGGUGGAAGGUAUCUAGAUUGUGGAAGCCCUGGGUUAUCCUUUGAGAGGGAUGCUUUAAGAGAACCAGAAAUGUCAAGUUUGGGCAUUUCACAUGACAAUGAUAUCUUGCGAACAAAAUAUGAUUUUGAAAGUGUUGCUGGUUCCCUGCCUAUUGAAGAAAGAAUGAGAAAUUCAUCUGACCGUCAUUAUAAUACAGAAAGGCAUGAUUUUAAAAUUAAGGUGUCAAGUGAACUGAAUCGGAAUAACCUUGAUAGAAUGCAUGAUCUGACAGAUAGAGAUGAGAGAUGUAAUGAAUAUGCAGAUGAUCUGUUAUUCUCAAAGACCUUGGAAUAUGAAAAUGGCAGGUUCAGUAGGGCAGGUAAACGAACUUUCGGUGCAGAAACUGGUAGAAUUUCUGCACCUGAGGAUUGGUCAACGCCUUAUGAUUCAGCAGAACAUGUUGAAGAGCGUUCAAUUAAAUCUGGUAGGAAAAAACCAAAAGUUCAGGUAAAACCUGGUUUGCUUAAUUGGAACAGUAUGCAACGCUCUGAUAAGAAACAUUAUCUUUUGAAAAAUGUUUGGGUGAGAGGCAGAGAUGAUGUAAAAGUAGACAUGCAAGCAACUGAUGUUGAAGGAACUGAAAAUUUGUCGCUCUCUGCCAAGUCUGAGCCACCUGAGAAUUCAGAGGAAUUUAAGCAAAUAGUACAUUGGUUCUUCUUAUCUUUCACUAAAAAAAUCAAUGUGACUCCGAGUGCUCGUAAACGGUACAAGGAGCAAGGCAAAGCUGGUAGCUUGUUCUGCAUAGUUUGCAGCAGAAGUCAAUCAAAAGAGUUCACAGACACUCAGAGCUUGUUGGCGCAUUGCUCCAUGUCACACAAGUUUGGGUUGAGAGCACAACAUUUGGGUCUUCACAGAGCAAUAUGUGUUCUAAUGGGAUGGGACAGUAUGAGUGCCUCAAGUAUUCCUACAAUGGUUUCCAUAUCUGAAGCUUUGGCUCAAAAAGAUGACCUUAUACUCUGGCCUCCAGUUAUCAUUGUACAUAACACUUGUAAGUUUCGCAAAAGUUCCACGGGAAAAGAAGUAAUAAAUCUGGAAGCCUUUGAGGAUUUCCUUAGAGGUAAAGGCUUUAGUGGUGGACAAAUGAAGGUAUGCCUCGGGAAUCCUGGAAACACUAUUAUAAUGGUGGUGAAAUUCUUGGGCACGGCAACUGGUUUACAAGAUGCAGAGAGAUUAAAGAAAUACUUUGAAGAAAACAAUCGUGGUAGAGCAGAUUUUGAGAAACUUGCUUCUGUUGAAGGCAAAAGACGCAAUAGUCAUGAAGCCAGAACAAAAGCAGGCAAGCUAGACGAGCUUUUUCUGUAUGGCUACAUGGGAAUAGCAGAGGAUCUGGAUAAAGUUGAUUUUGACACCAAGAGGAGAUGCUCGGUUAGGAGCUACAAGGAGAUUCAGGAUAUUGCUAAUGAUCCUGUCAAAGUUGAUCACAGCUAGUGCAACAACUGAAAUAUUUGACCGCUUACUUAUAUUUGACUUCUUGUGAAUAUAAAAGUAGAUUGAGAAAUCGAUUCUGCUUUUCCAUUUACGUUUUGGUUAAGUGAAUUGUGAGUCUGCCGGGGUUGUAUUUUGUAUAAUAAUAUUAGAUGGAUGUGCUGUUUCCUAUGACAAACUUUGUCAGUUGACAGUAUAAAGUCACCAGUUUGGGCAUUGACAAAAAUAUUGCUCAUGUUUUCUGGAA